UGAAAGAUGAUCACCUCCAACGGCUUUUAGGGGUCCGCAGAGGCUUGAAGGAAAACACAAUUGCCUUAACCUACAUGUACCUAAUGUAUUUCUGAUUUGUGGUUGGACCUACGACUUUUAGAGUUGAGAUGAUGCCAACUCUAAAACUUUACCAUUCUGCAAUGUGCAAUGACGGGGACGGGACGGGGAUAAUCCAAGCAAGCAGCAAGCAAUUCAAAGGAAAACAAUUGCAAUCAAGAUAAGAAAAAAAGAUAAAAUCCAAAUCCACAUAAACUUAACUCCUAGGUUCGAUCUAUGCGAAAUAUUGGGAAGAUUAUAGGAAGAAGGAAGAGGGAAGAGGGAAGAAGGAAAACCAACUACGAUUCUAUGCGGUGAUCCUUGUGGCUUGGGACGAUUAAUCGAUCAACUGAAUCCUACUCACAUUUAUUCUUGAUUAUCUUUUACCUUAUUACCUACAUCCCUAUAUUCCUCUUUUAGUCGCCUUCUCUUCCUCUAUAAUAUUACUACCUAGAUUAAUAUUUCUAGACCAUCGCAGUCCGAAAUUAACCGCCGAGAUUGGAUCGAUUUCGAUGCGCGACCGUCGACAUCGCUCACGAUUCACAACUCCAAGAAUUGAUUCGACCCCGACCCCGACCCCGACCCGACCCCGACCGGGACGGGAGCAUCGCCUGUUGCCUCCCGACCGUUCAUGCUAGCGUCCAGACUGAAGAGGACAGACCCCCGGAUCCGAUGAAUAUAACUAACUAUGCCCACGCCAACGGCGGUGCUGGGCCUAUAAAGAGCGUAGAGGAUGUCGAAGAGAAGCCUCCGGUGAUCGAUGCCGGGUUGCGGAGUUUAGAUCAUUACAAGCGCGCUCUUCCGAAAUGGCGGUACGAAUUACGACAACGAGCUCUCCCUCUCGUCAGAUGGGAGACACCCUAUUUAGCCUGGCUACAGGCCACUUUGCGAUCGCCUGCGCUCGACAGUUACUUCGCCAUCACGGCUAACCUCGGCACCCAUACCUUUUUCAUGAUCGGCCUACCUAUAAUGUUCUGGUGUGGGAAUGCUUCCUUUGGGAAAGGAAUCGUACACAUCCUUGCGACGGGCGUCUUCUUCACCGGCUUUGUUAAAGACUUCUUCUCACUACCGCGACCACUCUCUCCGCCCCUCCAACGUAUCACCAUGUCUGGAUCCGCAGCGCUCGAGUACGGUUUCCCUUCGACCCAUUCCGCCAACGCCGUCUCUGUCGCCGUCUACGCUAUCCUAUGCCUCCACGACCCCGAUAACCCUUUUCAGCCCGCCGCACGCUCCGCCCUCGAGGCGCUCGCCUACUUCUACGCGAUUAGCAUCGUCUUCGGCCGCCUCUACUGCGGUAUGCACGGCUUCGUCGACGUCAUUAUCGGCUCCCUCAUGGGCGCUAUCAUAUCUCUCGUCGAGUUCUACGGCGGUCCUGUCCUCGAUCUUUAUCUCGAGGAUAGCUGGACAAGCCUAUGCGGUCUAUUACUUCUUAUUAUAAUAUUAAUUCGUGUACACCCUGAACCCGCGGAUGACUGCCCUUGCUUCGACGACAGCGUGGCCUUUGCGGGUGUCAUGAUGGGACUUGAGAUUGGUACAUGGCGCUUUGCACGAUCAUCGUGGGCCGACAUUCCGUUUGACGCUGUCGCUCUAGGAUGGCCGGUUGUCGCGCUGCGUAUCGUGUUCGGCGUGUUGGUCAUAUUCGCAUGGCGCGAGGUAGCUAAGCCGUCGUUACUAAAAGGCUUACCGCAUCUGUUUCGGCUCAUCGAAAUCUGGGGCCUCAUUUUGCCCCGCCGCUUCUUCAUGCCCGCCUCCGAGUACAAGAACAUUCCUCUGCGUCUCCGCGUCGACAACGUUAUGCCUAACGUGAGCGAUCUACCCAGCUUAAUCACAGCUGUACGACACCCCGGCCGCGGCCGUUCCGUUAGUGUUGGUCCCCAGAGCGCGGCCGACGCAUACGAGACGCUGGCGUACCGCGAGCGCAGGCGCAGGGAAAGCGUCAGUGCGGGAGCUGGAAAUGCAGAAAACAAUGCCGCUACUAAUAGCAGUACGAGUAACGGCGCGUUGCGUAAUAGAGCCAGCGUGCAGGAUCUACGGCAGCAAGAAGAAAUUGAUAAUGCGCGGAGCUCGGCCGUUAGCAAUAUUAACGGCGCUCAUAAUAAGCCGAGCGACUACGAGAAACUAAUGGGAGAGGGCACCGUGGUGGUCUCGCCGGCCGAGACAGGUGGGGAGCCGGAUAUAGUAGUAGGGCAACAUGAUGAGCUGGGUGAGAAGGAGGUCUUCUCUAGACUAGUAAAGCCGCGGGUGCGGUAUGAUGUCGAGGUUGUUACGAAGUUGGUUGUGUACUGUGGAAUCGGCUGGCUGGCCGUCGAAAUCAUUCCCGUACUGUACGAGGUUAUUCCCGGCUUAGGCGCCAGGCACCUCAUAGUGGCGUAGCCCAGCUGGGACUAAGAGUGAGACGGGGUUAUGACACAGCUGUAUUUAAUUCAGUACGUGUGAUGCUUGCCAUGAGACAUGUCAUGAUACAUAGGUACAUAUGCGAUGCCGGUGGUUGCGCUCGCUUGCCUGCCCCUGUGAUGAUACGGAAUGCCCAUUUUUCUUCAGUCUUCUUGUAUAUAAUAUAUAAUCCUGUCCGACAUUUAAUAAUAUUAUACUUCCCCGUAUUUUCUGAUUUCCUGUAAGUCGACGUCUG